CCAGCUCACGCAGCCAGGCAGAAGACCGAAAUGGCGGCGCCAGCAGAGAGGAUGGAGGUUUCUCAGGGGGAGAGCUCAGCCAAGCCUGCAGCGGAGGAUAUGACGUCUAAGGACUACUACUUUGAUUCAUACGCCCACUUUGGAAUCCAUGAGGAGAUGCUGAAAGACGAGGUUCGCACUUUGACCUAUCGCAAUUCCAUGUUCCACAACAAGCAUCUGUUUAAGGACAAGGUGGUGCUGGAUGUGGGCAGCGGGACUGGCAUCCUCUGCAUGUUUGCUGCCAAAGCUGGAGCCAAGAAGGUUAUAGGGAUCGAGUGCAGCAGCAUCUCAGACUACGCCGUGAAAAUUGUCAAGGCUAACAAGAUGGACGAUGUUGUGACCAUCAUCAAGGGGAAGGUGGAGGAGGUGGAGCUGCCCGUGGACGGAGUAGACAUCAUCAUAUCAGAGUGGAUGGGCUACUGCCUCUUCUAUGAGUCCAUGCUCAACACAGUCAUUUAUGCCAGAGACAAAUGGCUGAAACCAGAUGGACUCAUUUUCCCAGACAGGGCGACCCUUUAUGUCACUGCCAUCGAAGACAGGCAGUACAAGGACUACAAAAUACACUGGUGGGAGAAUGUGUAUGGUUUUGAUAUGUCAUGCAUCAAGGAGGUGGCAAUUAAGGAACCCCUGGUUGACGUGGUGGAUCCAAAGCAGCUGGUCAGCAGCGCCUGUCUCAUCAAGGAGGUGGACAUCUACACGGUGAAAGCGGACGACCUGACCUUCACCUCACCAUUCUGCCUGCAGGUGAAGAGGAAUGACUACAUCCACGCUCUGGUCACCUACUUCAACAUAGAGUUCACCCGGUGUCACAAGAGGACCGGCUUCUCCACCAGCCCAGAGUCUCCCUACACCCACUGGAAGCAGACAGUCUUCUACCUAGAUGAUUACCUGACUGUGAAGACCGGCGAGGAGAUCUUUGGCACAAUCAGCAUGAAGCCAAACAUCAAGAACAAUAGGGACCUGGACUUCACCGUAGACAUUGACUUCAAGGGUCAGCUGUGUGAGAUGUCCAAGACGUCUGAGUACAGGAUGCGUUAAGUGUCUUUCCCUCUCUGUGUUAGUUUGUCUUUAGUCGAGGACAGAUUUAACUGUUUGACUCGGAGUCUGUACAAUAGAUCGACGCUCCCCACGCAGCAACAUUUUAACAACUGUAUCUUUUUUUUUGUCAUUUUCUUGUUCAAACAUUACAAUAUUUAAAAGGUCUUGACAUCCUUGGGGUCAAAGUGCAUUGGCGUGGUGUUUCAUUGUGCCGUUGUCACUCAACAAAACGUUUGACAUGUGCCUAGUGUUUGUGUCCAACUUCGCAUUGGGUUCUGCUCUGCUCCGGUCCUUGUCCUUUUGCAUGUGUGAGAUCCAUGUAGACACCAACACAACAGCCCUGCUGACAUGUCUGCAUAGGUUUACCGAUCAGUCAUGUUGGCCCUCUGUGUGUUCAUUUCAUGACCCAGAUACUGGUCUCUCCUGUUUUUGGUCCUGUUGAAGCUGUAUGUUGGUUUGGGAUUCCGCAAAGUCAAGAAGCCCUACCGCGUCCACCUGUGUUAACAGGAAUUAUAAUGUAACUGACAACAAAACACUCAAGACCCUGUUCGAACUGAAGAUAUCCAUGGUUUAAAAAACAAAAUAUAUGAAUGGUUGCUGGUGUGAAUGCAGUGCUGCAGGUUCCAAAAAGAAGACAAAUGAGGAAGUUACCACAAAUGAUCUUCCAAACUACAUACUGAUUCUGCACAGUCAUACUUCUUACUCAUUGUAUAAUGUUUUAGCAUACAAACAAAAUGUCUAGAUUAGGCUUGGGUGGUUUGCAGUAUAUCAUACCUUCAUGAGAUUUUACUGGGGUAUAUAGCAUAUGACAGUAAAAGUGCGUACUAACAACCCACACCCUCUGAUGGUGAGCUGGCGAUAUUGAAAAACAUGCCAUCAGUGUUUCUAAAUACCCUGGUAUACCAUAGUACCGUGAUGACACCCAAGCCUAAUCCAGAUACUUUAAACCCUUUCAAUGGGAAUGUGUGCGUGUUGGAUUUAAAGCAAACCACAGUUUUGUAGAGCCACUGCCAGCUACUCUUACUUAAUACUUUUUGUUUUCCCUAAUUUUAAUAGAAGUUUUCUAUCCACCACCCACACUUCAUUCUGAUGUUUUUCAGCUAUGAGCAGCUCCUCCAUCUCCUUUGGUGGAGGAGAGUGUGUAUCAACAGCACAUCUAAAAAUGACCAGCAUUGAGUCCUCACACUGUGGUUUGAGUAAACUUUAUUUUUCCACUUUUCCAGAGUGAACUCAUUAAACACUGAAAACCUGUCUAGAAUCAGUAUGUAGCAUUUGGGACAGGAUGUGAGAAGCUGCAGGCACACAUGCACGCUGCAGACACUCCAAGAUGAUUCCGACCAGAAGCAGAAGUGAGCCUCUGCAAAGCUGUCACUGUCUGUGUCGUGUGUGUUGGGUUGUGGUAUCCCUUAUUUUGCUUUGAUUGGGUCACACCCUUUGGAAAAAACACUUGAGCAUCUCAAAGUGUUUGAUUUCUGCAGCACCUGAAGGAAAGGCUGGUCCCAGCUGGCCCCGCAGCUCUGUCAUGUGUCCUGGAGCCCACGUUAGUUUGGGUCCAGCAUGCCUGAGGCUGCUCGAGUCCAUCUCAACAGUAGUAACAUUGUUGGCACUGUACAGAGACUGCUCUGACUCACCACAUUUAAAUUUUUCUCUUUUGUAUUUCUUUUUUGUGUGUCUGCUGCUUUUUUUAAAUAAAAUACAGUUAAUAAA